AUGGUCCUGUACGAUAGAAGUCGAAUUGAUCCAAAGCGUCGUGCUGGCGUCGACUACAAACGGAAGCAAUUCGCAGCUCCGACAUACAAGCAGCAAGAUUAUGCCCACCGAUUGAAUUUCUACGAAGUUCCGCCCACCGCUGAAAUUACACUCGAGCAGUUUGAGCAGUGGGCGAUUGAUCGCUUAAGAAUUCUUUCGGAACUAGAAGCAUGCUCGUAUCGAAACAAGACCCCGGAGGAAACCACCGAACAUAUAAAAUCCCUUAUCCGAAAAUUCCUCCCACUACGUUCGAAUAGGGAUGCAGGUUCGCGCGACAGUCAAGGUUUGAGGGAUGAGCGACAAAAGGAUCACUAUUCCCAUUUUAUACUACGACUGGCAUUCUCCUCGACUGAGGACUUGAGGCGACGAUUUGUUCGCCUUGAGACAAUGCUUUUUAAAUUUCGUUUCCAGCUAGAUGAUUCAGCAGAGCGGGAAGCAUUUGUGGAGAGCCUUAAUUUCGAUUGGGAUAUACUGAGUGAAGAAGAGAAAGAUGAACUGAAGAACGAGCUCCAUGCGACAACCCCUGGGGUGAAAAGGGACAAGGGUUGGUUCAAGGUAGACUGGGAGAAAGUGCCAGAGCUAGUUGAACGUAGAAGCGUUUUUGUGAAGAAAGGCAAGGCGUACGUUCCUCUAGGAGAACAGCAGAGCAUGAUCCUCGCCGAAUUUAGUGCUCGACUAGAAAAGGCUCUUGAGUUUACGAGCCGAGCCUUGCCACGACUAGAUGAAGAUAACCGUCUUAUUCCGAUCCUUGAACACCUUUCGAAAAACUUUGGGACUUCCGACACUUCCUACUCUGAGGGGGAGGGGGCGGUUCCUGGAGCCCCUAUCACUGCUGCAUCGAUUGAUGUUUUAUCCAACCAUUUCCCUCUCUGUAUGCGAAACCUCCACAUGCAAUUACGCAAAAACGCCCACCUUAAACACUUCGGUCGACUUCAAUACACAUUGUUCCUCAAGGGAAUUGGCCUGUCACUCGAGGACUGUAUACUAUUCUGGCGGCAAUCUUUCAGAAAUUUCACCGACGAUGAGUUCAAUUCCAAAUAUAAAUAUAAUAUUCGCCAUGCAUAUGGCGAUGUUGGAGGUGACGCAAAUCGGCGAGGAAGGGGAUACCCUCCAUAUUCCUGUCAAAAGAUUCUCACGGAUAAUGCCCCGGGUGCCGGGCAAACUCACGGUUGCCCUUAUCGUCACUUCUCUGUCGACAACCUCAUCGCCCUUCUUCAAGCCACUGGGGUAAACGACAGAGAGACAUUACACGGAGUACGAGAAGAUGUCGGAAGAAUGCGAUACCACAUUGCUUGCAACCGAGUUUUCGAAUAUGUGCACAAAGAUGAAUUAAGAAAGGUAAAGGAUGAAGGAAUAAUGAGCUCGACCGACCUCGACACAAUUGUCCAUCCUAACACGUUUUUCAAACGCAGCUAUUUGCUGAAGAACUUGGGGAGGGUGCCGAAAGAAGAUAUCCAGAUGACAAAAUAGUGAUGGCUUUUAUGAUCAACAUGGGUUGUUGUAUACGUGAAUACUUAGUAUGACGACUGGUUUCUCGUUAAAUUACGGCGUUAUUGCCAGGGUAUAUGGAUUUGAAUGGGUUGGGCAAUUGGGAGAUAGGCGGAUUGCUAUUAAUUAAGCAGGGUUUUAAGCUGCGCGUUAUCCGCAGGAAAGGUCCUUCAGAAUGUCCAUCGACGUUUGAACCCAA